AUGUGCGUGUGGGUGCAGGCGGGCGAGCGAGCGGCUUCUACAGUGAGACCGAAGCAGGAGCUCAGCCUUCGCCUGCGACCUGCAAUCCCCAGAUUCCCUGGGGACCUCGAAACUCCCAAUCGGAGGUACUCCCCCCCCACAGCCGCCCACCCAUUCCCUCCCCCCUUACCUCAGCACGCAGCCCCUCCCUGCGUGAUGAUGCAAAACCGUGGGGAGGUGCUGGGCUGUUGGAGAACUCGAGCUGCAAGCCGCCGAGCGCGAGCUCGAGCGCGGCGCGCUGGCCGGGGAACCCAAGAGCGCACUGCGCCCCAAGCUGGCAGGCGCCGCGGGACCCCCCACCCUCGCCGGCUGCCCUUCCCCGGGCGCCCCUACCCUCCUCGCCCGCAGGAGACCCUGGGCUUUCCCGGAGGAGCUCACCCCAAGGGGCCAGGACUCCGGCGAGCCCGCCACCGUCCCCUCGAGUGCCGCCGCCACCACCGCAGCCGCGGGAGCAGCAUGGUCCAGCUGGGGAAGCUGCUCCGCGCCCUGACUUUGAUGAAGUUUCCCUGCUGCGUGCUGGAGGUGCUCCUGUGCGUGCUGGCGGCGGCGGCGCGCGGCCAGGAGAUGUACGCCCCGCACUCCAUUCGGAUCGAGGGGGACGUCACCCUCGGGGGGCUGUUCCCGGUGCACGCGAAGGGUCCCAGCGGAGUGCCCUGCGGCGACAUCAAGAGGGAGAACGGGAUCCACAGGCUGGAAGCGAUGCUCUACGCCCUGGACCAGAUCAACAGCGAUCCCAACCCGCUGCCCAACGUGACGCUGGGAGCGCGGAUCCUGGACACUUGUUCCAGGGACACUUAUGCGCUCGAACAGUCGCUCACUUUCGUCCAGGCGCUCAUCCAGAAGGACACCUCCGAAGUGCGCUGCACCAACGGCGAGCCUCCGGUUUUCGUCAAGCCCGAGAAAGUAGUUGGAGUGAUUGGGGCUUCGGGGAGUUCGGUCUCCAUCAUGGUAGCCAACAUCCUGAGGCUUUUCCAGGUUGAUGGGCGCUACGGGAUAAGGAAAAGGAUGUGAAGCUCACUGAAGAGGCUUGGGUUGGGAGUGCUGGAGGAGUGUACAGAGACUCAGCACCUUUCUGUACAGAAAUGGAGACAGGAAGAGGCCAGAGGAUGAAUGACAGGCACGAAUGAGGUGGAACUUUGAAGAGCAACGUGGAAAUGAAAUACUUCUUUUGUAUUUGGUAGUUGGGGAAAAUGUACCAGCGUGUAUGCCUACUGGGACCAUGUUUUCCAGAACAGUUAAGCCCAGUGUCAACUAUGCUGUCCCACCUUCCUCUUCCAGAAAUGACGUCUGCUGAAGGAGAAUAUGUUCUAGCAAUGAAAUCUUCAAAAGACUCCUGCCGCUGCUCUGUGACUGCGACCCCCAGGUUGUCUUUGGAAGUUUCUAAGGCCUCCUGAGUAGAGACUGGGACAUGGAAGGAGUCGACAGGCAAAGGAAUCCCAGCAUCACCUGUAAUUUUCUGAAACUGGAGGGAAAAACAAAAGACAAGACAAAAAUUCGGUGAUGAACAAAGCCAACCAUUAAAAAGUAGAGUUCAAAACUUCAA